AGGAGUAUCAAGGUUACGGUUAUCCGCGAAACGGCAACGUGCCGAUCUCAGGAAAAUUGUCAGAAAGCAACGGAAAAGUAUCUACGCAGUCAAUCCAGAAUAAUUAUCGGGAGGAGAAUUUCGCCUGGUGGGCGGCGGAGGGUGGCGGAGGCCACGGGUUAAGGGACCGUGAUCGGGGAGCAGCGGUGGCGGGUGAGCUGGCUUGCCUGGCAGGUUACAUGGCGGGAUACCUAAAAGCGGCGGGUGCUGCUUGCGCUCCAACUGGUAGUCCUCAGUACCAUCCUCACGGUCAUCCAGCGAUGGGGGUUGGUACCCAUCCGCAUCCGCAUUCUCAUCCGCAUCCGGGUGCACCUCAUCCGGGGUUGCCAUCGCCAUUCGCUCUCGCCACCCACGCUCAUCCGCAUCCGCAUCCUUUGGAUCACGGACUUGCUGCCUUCCCACAAGGAAUGAAUCAACGCAAGCAACGUCGGGAGCGAACUACUUUUACCAGGGCUCAACUGGACGUCUUGGAGGGACUUUUUACAAAAACUAGAUAUCCGGAUAUCUUCAUGCGUGAGGAGGUAGCGCUGAAGAUUAAUCUUCCUGAAUCACGUGUGCAGGUCUGGUUCAAAAAUCGUCGAGCGAAAUGCAGACAACAAUUGCAGCAACAGCAGCAGCAGCAGCAGCAGCAACAGCAGCAGCAACAAACAUCUCCGUCAAAGGGAUCCCCGCGAUCGAGCCAGGCACAGGGCAACAACAACAACAACGCCGGGAACAAGAUGUCGCCGGGAACAAGCUCGGCCGCGGCGGCCAGCAGACGUUCCUCGCCGGUUUCUCCGCCACGCGCCAAAGAGGCUCCAGGUUCUAAUUCUCCGUUGCUGCCGAGCUCGUCAUCGUAUCCACGACUCGGCGUGACGCCGACCGGUGGAAGCGGUGCGAACAGCGCUUUGACGACCCCGUCGCCCCCGUUGACUCCGGGCUCCAGCCAGCUACCGCCGUCCUCUUACCCGCCACCGAUGAACCAGAUCCACCACGGCGAGUACGGUUUCGCCUGGAGUUCGCCGUCGCCCGGCGCGGUGAACCCGAGCCAAUGUUACGCUGGGCAGACCUACAACGCCUACCAGAAUCCGUACACCAGCGGCGAAUACUAUCAGAGUCAGAUCUCACAUAUGCAUCACAGCCCGCAAGGAAAUUAUCACCAUCCGCAGUAUCAUCACAACAUGACAUUGACGUCGUCUAUGUCACAUUUAACUCACCAUUUGAAUCCAGCCGGACCGAACGAUAUAGCACCCUCCCCGGAUCCCGAGGGUUACGUGUUGUCAGAUCAGAAGUAUCAGGCGAUGGUAUAGCGGUCUAACGGCAGGUCCAUGGGAAUCUUUCAUCGGAAUCAGGAGGCCGCCGCCACCGGAUCCUCUUAUAACUGGCGGUUGAAUUCUGCCAAUUGUUCAGAAAUUAACGGUGGCAUCGAUUCCGAUGAAAAUUGAUACGAAAGGAGGUGAAGCUUUUAAGCGAGGUGACGCGGUUUCUUCCGAACCGUGUCCGUUUUGCGAAGAUAAUGAGCGACGCCGAUGGACAGUGGCGUUUUCAUAGUGCCCGGCAAACGAUAUCGGGUAUAGUUCGCAGCGCGCGUUACCUGGAUGCGCGAAGGAGGUAGGUAAAUAUUGGCGAACAUUUAAAAACUUUUAAUAGCGUGGUCAUGUGCCGUCAAUUAUUUAUGGUACGGUUCCUCGUAUUUCUAAUCCUGAACCCACGGACACCGAUACGAGAACCUGAUCUCAGAUCGUCCGUGAGCAUGUGAAUGCGAGAAGGUCUCACGUAAGAAUUUUCAUUUUCCAUCACAAAUGGAUAACCUUGAUAUUCCAUUAAUCGCUAUAUCUUUUUACCAGAAUAAUUUUCUGAUUUACAUAUUUUCAUUCAACGUUCGUUCCUUCAAUUUGAACAUUCUCAUUGACGCGCGUGAUUCUUUUCGUAUUUGUGUUUCUUAAAAAAUAUUACAUUGUAUUCGAUAUUUAAUUUUCAUUUAUCUCGUUUCUUCUUUAUGAUUAAGAUUAUAUAUUUUGAUAUUAAGAACGCGUUCGACGACGAGUUGUAGAUAACUUUAACGAUUCAUUAACGACGUCCUAAUUUCUGCAAUUACUCUUAACGAAAUCCGGAAACAGUAAACGGAGAAAAAGCAUAAGUACUAAACAGUAUUAAGUAUAUAGUAAAUCAGACAUCGUUGGCCUUUUUCAUCGUUUUUUGAUUAUCUUCUCGUGAAGUCACGCGUACUUACGUUUUCCUCUUGUUCCCGGCAAUUAUUUUAUUCCUCAUAAAGGAAGUAAAACGAGUGGUGUGAAGAAACGAGUAGGAACAUGUAAAGAGGAAAAUGACAUACGUAUCGAUGUUCGUGUAUUUCUAUAAUUUCUAUGUAUAUUUUCUAUUCAUUGGUGUUUCUCAUCUUAUAAUCAACUUUUUUUACUUCCUUCUUUUAACUCUGUACGACAAGUGCUUCACACUGCCGUCAUUAUUCAUAGUAGUUAUCGUUUUUUUUAUUAUUAUCAAUUUUCGAUUAAUUAUUAUAUUAAUAAUCAUUCAUAUCAAAAUGCGGCUAGCGAGCCGGAAAGUUUGUGUAAAUAAAAUACAGUGAUGUAACGCUCGAAAAUCCUAUUUGAUCGCAAAUCGCGUGGAUUAACGUCUCCGAUUGGUCUCCUGGAACUUAUAUGCUCCAACCCAAACCGAGAAAUCUUAUGUUCCACGCGGUUCAGCCAUUAAAAAGUGAUACGCUCAUCACUUUCGAGAAAAAGAAAAAAAAAUCUUUCACGCUAUUAUAUUGAUUAAAUGAAAAAAAUGUAAGGGACGCAUAAUUAAGUGUGAGUGUAUAUUUCGUGGAUACAACUCCAAUGUAUAUUAUCGUCGAUUAGUGAAUAAACGCAAUUUAAAGUAAAAGUGGAAAAGUCACACAAAAAAUAUCAACAACAUUAACGAAUAACAGAUGAUAAUUGUAACAAUUAACGAUUAUUGUGCGCGUAUAAACGUAAGCUACUUUGUAAUAACGUGACACAGAAUGUACAUAAAUUAUCUUAUUUAUAAGAUACAUCAUUGUUCUAUCAUCUGGGGAAAUCUCAUCCUACGCCAGAAUAAAU